AUGGAGCCACUCAGUAUCAUCGCAUCCAUCACAAGCAUCCUCACUGCUGCGGCUAGGAUUUCUAGCGUCCUUACGCAGAUCCACGACGCGCCCACCACCAUCUCCGCUCUUUUGACCGAGGUCGACCACAUAAGGAUUGUCUUCACAGCCUUCCAAAACUUCCUAGACAAAAACGCUAAGAUUUCGGGAGCACGUGCUGCUUUGAUUCAACUUGACGACAUUAUCGUCAUUCUCACACAAACUGUGCUUGUUUUCUCGGAACUCCAGACGCUCGUUGCGCCCUUGUCGGCCAAAAAGCGGCUGUCUGGUUGGCAACGACUAAAUUGGCCAAGAAAUGAAGCGGCCGCUAUGCGCGAAUCGGAUCUUGAUGCAAGGCAAAAUGCCACCUCUCUGCAGCGCCAUGUUGAGCAACAAAUAAAGAAUGAUUCAGAUUUAUCAUUACGGCUCGAAGAGCUCCAACCUGCUCCUGCUGAGAAAAGGCUUGACAAGCUAGAUUUUGGUCUAGGCUUCCAGCAUCAUGAUCAUGGCAACAGUUCAGAUUCGGAGUCUGGACUUUCGACUCCGGGGACAUUCGAAGCCGUUUUGUCGGCCACCAGGGCAUACGACCGAGUCAGAGACAGAGGCGUAGAUGAUAGAACGUCGAUAGCAACUACGAGAUCUCACGCCUGGUCUGCGCUCUCAGGGUUGAGUCUAGCAGAAAUAUCGAUCAUUGCCGUCGUCCAACUACCACUUCACAAGGCUGAGCUUCAAAGGUUUCGACAGAUCGCUUCCCCUUCGUGGAAUGAUUCAGACUCCCUGCGGGAUGUACAAGUUGAUGGAUUGUACGAUUGCGACUUAUGGGAGAGCGACGAAGCCGCUAAGAUCCUGCAAUCUACCGGUCGCCUUUCUGAUGCCUUUCAACGCCACUAUGGACUUAUGAGCCGAGCAUACGACGGAAAGCCAUCAUUGGCGAGGUUGAAAGAGGAACUACGCGAUUUAGAAGGUUAUCCACCACGGUUGAUUACCGCUGGACCGAUGGACGAUGCAUUGGAAAGGUGGCAAGGCACAAUUCAAGGUCCUCUCGACAGCCCAUACCGAGGCGGCCUGUUCUUCUUGUCUAUUAAUUUCCUUGGUACUGAUUAUCCUCACUCUCCGCCUCGCAUGCAUUUCACAACAAGGAUUUAUCAUCCUAACAUCAGUUCUCUGGGACGCAUCGCUUUGGAUAUUCUGGGAGAGAAAUGGUCUGAUGCUUUGACCAUUGAGAAAGUUCUACUCGCGAUUUACUCUCUCCUAAUCAAUCCGAACGUAGUCGAGCCACUUGUUCCAGAAAUUGCCCUGGUCUACAAUACGGACCGGUCUCGGUAUGAAGCGACGGCGCGAGAAUGGACAAGAAAAUAUGCCAUCGCCUCGUGCGGCGCAUCCUUUACUCCCAGCAUGCUCGAUCCCAUCCCUCCACCCCCCUCCUGGCUGUCCAGCUCGAUCGCCUCCCUCUCCGCCACGCUCUCCUUCCCCACCCUCCCCCUCCACAUCCACGAACUCAUCGCCUCAUUCCUCUUCUACCAGUUCGUGCAGACCGUCAUCUCGCCCCUGGUAUCCAGCCACCUCUUCCCCUCCAUCUACCCGCAGCUCAACCGGCGCACCAAGAUCAACUGGGACGUGCACGUCGUCUCGCUCGUGCAGUCCUGCUCCAUCAAUGCGGCCGCGCUGUGGGUCAUGUACGUCGACGAGGAGCGCAUGGACAUGAGCGCCAUGGAGCGCGUCUACGGCUACACGGGCGGCUGCGGCAUGAUCCAGGGGUUGGCGGCGGGCUAUUUCCUGUGGGAUCUGGUGGUCACGAGCCGGAAUGUGGGCAUCUUCGGCUGGGGGAUGUGGGCGCAUGGGGUCUGCGCUCUGUGCGUGUUCAGUUUUGGUUUUAGACCCUUCCUCAAUUUCUACGGUCCCACAUUCAUCCUCUACGAACUCUCCUCCCCUUUCCUCAACAUCCACUGGUUCCUCGAUAAACUGCACCUGACCGGCUCCAAAUACCAAUGGUACAACGGCAUCAUCCUGCUUGCGUCCUUCUUCGGGUGUCGGCUCGUCUGGGGAACCUACCAGUCCAUCCGCGUGUAUCAGGAUGUCUGGCAAGCUCUGCAUCUGCCCAUCAACCCCGCCACCGGGGAGCUGGACUAUCUCGCCAUGACGACGGGCAGUAACGUCACAAGAGGUGCGCAAGACCUGUUUGUCCCGAGGGACGGGAGGCUUUGUCUGGGACGGGAGGAGUGCGUGGCGGCGCAGAGUGAGGUGAUGAAGUUUGUCGGGGCGGGCACGAGGGGCAUACCCAUCUGGUUGGCGGUUACAUAUCUCAGCAGUAACGUUGUGUUGAACAGUCUGAAUUUCUACUGGUUUGGCAAGAUGAUCGAGACGGUGAGGAAGCGGUUUGAUAAAAAGCCCAAGGAGAAGGACGAGGCGUCUCGGGCGGAUGACGGAGAGAAAAAGAAGGAUGAGAAGAGGGAAGCGGCCAGGAGGAGGAAAUCAAGCAUCGUGCUCGAUGUUGCCGACGGCUUGCAGAGGAGCAUGAUGGAUGGCUCGGGAGACACCGAGGGAUCGGCGGCUGCUGUGUUGGAGAAAAUGAAUGCAGAGCAGAGGAGGGAUCUGGAGGACGAGAUGGAGCAUCGAGCGAAGAGUAGCGCGCUGGAGAACCACACUGCUGCUACUACUACUACUUUCGGGGAAGGGGGUGCCGCGAGGCGGAGAUGA